AUGAGGAAACUAGAUAUUUUGAAUAGAGGGUUUAGUGGUUAUAACACAGAUCAUUGCAGACUUAUCUUACCCAAGGUAUUAGAAGUUGAACAUAAGGGAGCAUCGAAGGUGAAACUUAUGACGAUUUUUCUUGGUACAAACGACGCACUAAGCACGAUUCAACAUGUGCCGGUGUCAAGAUAUAGAGAGAAUUUAGCUUUAAUGGUAGACGAGGCAUUACGUUACGACAUAAAGCUUGUAAUUAUAGGACCUGCAUUGCACGAUCCUAAACUUCUUCCACCAGGCUUUGCAGAAAAUGGCCCGGGAGAUAUUUCAUCGAGUUCAAAUAAUAAAACCUACUCUGAGGCUGCAAGAUCCGUAGCGGAACAAUACAAGGUGCCGUUCUUAGAUUUAUGGACAGCUUUUCAGAAUAAGGGAGGUUGGUCAGAUGAACAAUUGGCCCAGCAGAGUGUUUCCAUUCGCUCGUUACUAUCUGACGGAAUACAUUUUACCCCCGAAGCUUAUCAAGUCCUUUACGCGGAGCUAAUUUCAAUUAUUGACUAUGAGUAUCCCGAGUUGGCCCCCCGUAACCUCAAGAUGAAAUUGGCCAUCUGGAACACUAUUGAUCCGUAUAAUAUAGAGAAAACAAUGUUCACUAACUAA